UGGAGCAGACCUGUCAGCCUAUUCUUUUUCUUAAGCUCGUAAACGGCUGCUCAAGUCAUCUUUUACUUCUAAUUACGUUCCUAGUCACAUAUAGAGCACACUAUGUUAAAGCUAACCGUAUUAUUAGUCUACCUACUUUCGUCAUCUUAUUCUGCCUCUGCAAAAGGUGCGAGCGCCGGGCCCAGGCCGAGCAGCGGGCAGCUGUACAAAUUCAGCUAUACCACUGAGGUGCUGGUGGACAGGGCGAGAGGGUCGGCCGAGGGCAGCGCCGGCUAUAGGGUUUCAUCCGGCGUUGACAUCAACUUAGUGUGGAGAAACCCUAGCAGCAAGGACGAUCAGCUUCUCCAAGUGGCGAUCAGAGAUGUGAAGAUAGAGAGCGCGGCGCCACGCCCAGACAAGAACAACAUCUUCCUGGGCUCCACAGCUGAAAGCAUUCUGGGAAAGAAGAACCUGGCUGCUCUAGAGAAACCUUUCCUGGUGCACUUGAAGCUUGGAAAAGCGAAAGGUCUCUACUCCUACCAGAAUGAGCUGACGGCCAUCAGGAACCUGAAGAGGGGCGUGGUCAGCCUGCUCCAGCUGCAGCUCACCUCUGGGAAGACUCAGGAGGCGGACGCUUCCGGGAGGUGUAUGGUGGAGUACAAGGCGGAGAAGGACCGGGUGACUCGGGUCAAGGCGUUGGACAGCUGUAAGACUCUGGAGACCGGUUUCACCACACAUAGCAAGGUCCUGGGAGUGACCGGCAAGUCCUCGUCCCUCACAGAGUUCACCCUGGAGGAUGGCUUCAUCAAGUCCGUCGUCUCCGAGGAGACGCACGUCCUGUCCCUCAAUGCCCGCAGCAAUACUGCUGCCAAAGUAGUGUCCAGACAAGCUUUGACGCUGGUGAGCAAAGAGGCAGGUCCCGCGGAAACUGCUGGAGAUGAUGUUGCUGCGGUCGUCAAAUCCUUGGACGGUGAAUUUGUGUCGAUCACUCUGACCCCGGAGAAGGUCAAGACCAAGUGCAAGACAUGCCCAUCGCUGUGGGAGCACUGGCAGGCCAUCCACAAGCAGUUUGAGCCUGACAGCCUGUCCAAGGCCACCGCCCCUCGCAACUUCCUGUCCCUCAUCCAGAGCAUGAGGAAGGCCACCAAGGAGGAUAUGCUCAGAGUGCUCAAUAACUGCAGCAAAACUGCUCUACCUCAGAUAGUGGACGCUGUCACCUCAGCCCAGACGCCGGCCUCUCUGGAGGCCGUCCUGCAGUUCCUGAACUUCUCCGACCCCAAGGGCCUGGUGCUUCAGGAGCGCUUCCUCUACGCCUGCGGCUUCGCCUCCCAUCCCAACGAGAUGAUGCUCAAGUCCCUGCUGAACCUGUGGAAUGGGAAAAUUGGCAGCACUGAAAUCAGAGAGUCUGUGAUGAUCAUCAUGGGGGCGCUGGUGCGCAAGCUGUGUCAGAAAGGAGGCUGUGAGCUGCCGACGGUGCUGGAGGUGAAGAAGCUGAUGCUGGCGGGCCCCCACAGCACGCAGGUGGAGGAGGAGGUGCAGAUGUACCUGCUGGCCCUGAAGAACGCCCUGCUCCCGGAGGCCGUCCCUCUGCUCGCCGAGUACUCCGAGUCCGAGGUCGGGGCCUACAGCACCAUCGCCAUCACCGCCCUGCAGCGGUACGACGUUGCCCUCAUCACCAGUGAGGUGAAACAGGCCCUGAGCCGGAUCUACCACCAGAACCGGCACAUCUACGAGAAGAACGUGCGGGCGGCAGCCGCUGACGUCAUCUUCAGCUGCGACCCCUCCUACAUGGAGGUGAAAAACCUGCUGCUGUCUAUCGGUCACCUGCCCCACGAGAUGAACAAGUACAUGGUCUCCAAAGUCCAGGACAUCCUGCACUUCCAGAUGCCUGCCAGCGAAAUGGUCAGACGAGUCAUGAAUGACAUGAUCUCACACAAUUAUGAUCGCUUCUCUAAGGUUGGCUCCUCUUCAUCGUUCUCAGGAUUCAUGGCACGGACUCCUGACACCACCUCCACCUACAGCCUGGACAUCCUGUACUCCGGCUCUGGGAUUCUGCGGAGGAGCAACAUGAACAUCUUUGCUCUGAGCCAGGGCGCCCACCUCCACGGCCUGCAGGUGGCGAUCGAGGCACAGGGCCUGGAGUCCCUGAUCGGGGCGACCCCUGACGAGGGCGAGGGGGACCUGGAGUCGUUUUCGGGCAUGUCCGCCGUGCUCUUCGACGUGCAGCUGCGCCCCGUCACCUUCUUCAAGGGCUACAGUGACCUCAUGUCCAAGAUGUUCUCCCUGUCCGGGGACCCCAUGAACGUGGUUAAGGGGCUCAUUCUGCUGACGGACCACUCCCAGGUCAUCCGGUUACAGUCUGGGCUGAAGGCCAACGUCGAGUUCCAGGGAGGGCUGGCCAUUGACAUCUCAGGUGGCAUGGAGUUCAGUCUGUGGUACCGAGAGUCCAAGACCAGCGUCAACAACAGGGGCGCCCUGGCUGUGAGCGGCAACGUGACCGUGGACAUGGACUUCCUGCGCGCCGGGGUUGAGGUCAGCUUUGAGACGGAGGCCUCCCUGGACUUCAUCACCACUGUCCAGUUCUCGGAGUACCCCUUCCUGGUCUGCAUGCAGAUGGACAAAGCCACCUUCCCUUUCAGGGAGUACCUGACCAAGCAUGAGAGCCUGCUGACAGGCAAGAGCUUUGUCUCACGCAAAGGCAAGAAGGAGCUGGUGCCAGGCUCCGAGUUCCCUCUGCACCAGGAGAACUCCAACAUGUGCAAGAGGGUGUUCGAUCAAGGCUGGUAGAGCUCCCCCUUGUGGUUGGGAGGAGGGUCCAGCACGGUGGUUCCGGUGGGGACUGGAGCACCGCGGUGUCUGACUGUCGGAGCUGAGACUCCACCCAUCGGGCCCCCUGAGCUCUGGAACUAUUUAUUUUGUAGUAAAAUGUUCAGGAAUACAUUCA